AUGUCCGAGUUCGGUUUUCCGAAUGCCGAAUCCUGCAGACCAAGCUUCCAGUUGCCUUGCCCAGUAUCUCCCCUCAUCCACACAUAUCUACAGGGCUCUGAUCACCCCGCGAAACUAUCCCUAUCGUACCAAAGCACAAACACCACUGCUGACGAAGAGCUACUGUUUGAGAUGGGUAGGGAAAUCGAGCUCCCACGGUUCCAAACCACUCCAGUUGAGAGCAUUCCCACGGUCGUCACCCGAUUGCGCAAGACUUUCCUCUCCGGCAAGACCAGACCUCUACAAUUCCGUCUUGAACAGUUACGUAAAUUGUACUGGGCCAUCGAAGAUAAUGAAGCCGAACUGGUGGAAGCUUGUAAGCGAGACCUAGGCAAGGGUUACUUCGAAUCCAUCGUCACCGAGGUAUCAUGGUGCAAGAACGACAUCAUCUACAUUCAGAAAAACUUAGAGAAGUGGUCUAAGGAUGAAAAGCCCGCAGAUAUCUCAUUCAUGAACAAGUUCGUGAGCCCAAGGAUCAGAAAGGAUCCUCUCGGGGUGGUCUUGGUGAUUGGCGCCUUCAACUUCCCAGUCAAUCUGGCUUUCGGACCUAUGAUUGGGGCCAUCUCUGGUGGCAACACCGUGGUACUGAAGCCCUCCGAACAGACACCUAAUUGCGCUGUGGUCAUGCAAAAGAUUAUGACGGCAGCGCUUGACCCAGAUAGCUUUGUCUGCGUUCAGGGCGCUAUUCCCGAGACUUCAACAUUGCUUGAGCAGAAAUGGGACAAAAUCUUCUUCACUGGCUCUGCACGUACCGCCAAGAUUGUCUCCUCCAUUGCCGCAAAGACUCUAACCCCGGUCUCCCUCGAACUCGGAGGACGAAACCCGGCCAUCGUGACGAAGAAGGCAGAUAUGCGACUGGUCGCUCGCCGUCUCCUGUGGGCGAAGACGUUGAACGCCGGACAGGUCUGUAUCUCCCAGAACCACGUCUUGGUAGAAAACAGUUGCGUACCGACGCUGGUCACUGCAUUCAGAACUGCGCUAGCUGAGUUCUUUCCCCGCGGCGCAGAGGAAAGCCAGGACUAUGGCCGAAUUGUAAAUUCGAUAGCUUUCGAUCGAAUCAAAAAGAUGCUUGACAAGACCUCCGGCAAGAUUGUCAUUGGUGGUAAGAUGGACGCGGAGAAGCUCUUUAUAGAGCCGACUGUGAUUUUGGUGUCCGACUUCGGCGACUCUCUCCUUGUCGAGGAGUCCUUUGGUCCUCUCAUUCCUAUAGUUCCGGUCGACAAUCUCGAUCAGGCAAUCGCACUGGCCAAUGAGCUCCACGAAACUCCGCUAGGUCUUUAUGCCUUUGGGUCCAAAGAUGAGAUCGAUAAGAUUCUCGCCAAUACACGAUCGGGAGGUGUAAGUGUCAACGAUGGUUACUUCCAUGGCACAAUACCUACACUACGGUUUGGUGGAGUGGGCGACUCGGGGUCGGGGGCAUACCGAGGCAAAGCGUCUUUUGAUUGCUUUGUACACCAAAGAGCAAUUACCUACACCCCAAACUGGAUGGAAAAGCUCCUGGCAGUCCGUUACCCGCCAUUUACGCGCACAAAGAUUGCCCAAUUUCAAAAGAUGACCGCUUUGAAACCCGAUUUUGGAAGGGAUGGGAAGAAGAGAAUCAACCUGCUCUGGUACUUUCUGACACUUGGCACCGGUACCGUGGUAUCGGGGUCGUUGCGAGCUCUUCUGAUGGCGGGCGUCGUUUUCACGGUCAAAGCACUGAUGGACGCCAGAGUGGUGCCUGCGUUGAAGUAA